AUGGAUAAAAGAGAUGUUGGCUCAGAACUGGAAACGGCUCCCUCUCAUCAAUCGUACAAUGAAAGAGCCAGUUGUAAAUCAUCACGUAGUCAUUUUGAGCUUUGUGAUCUUCUGGGUAGUUCAAUCCCGUUCCGUUGCUCAGCUUCGUGGACGAGCACAUCUGAUUUCUGUGAACAACAAAGAUUUGCAGGAAUAGACGCCUUCAAACUACCAGCAUCCCAGAGUGCUAUUCAGAGAGAAAUCAUGAAGAAUGGACCGGUGGUCGCCAUUUUCAACGCUUACCAGGACUUCUCCUACUACGCCGGAGGAAUCUAUAAGGUGAGAUCUUGA